AUGCCGACCAUCGCGCUAGAAAUGCCCGACUACGCCAAAGCGGCCAAAGAGCAACCGCGCGUCUCAUACCUCGCCUCGCUGGUCCGGUGGCUCCAGUUGAAGAAAUACCAAUAUGAAGUCACCUUCUCACUGUACAUGUUGACGUCGACCGAGAAGUUUAUUUUCAAUUUAAUCCUCUUCAUACUCGUCUCGCUGCUCGUCACCGCCGCCUCGCUGUAUCUGCCCGACCACGUCGCUGUUAUCUACAACCGGAUCUGGUAUUAUGUGCACGGAGGUGAGAUCGCGUAUAUGAAUGCGGCGUCUGUGGCGGCGGCCGGGGAGAAGACGACACUGGGUCAGGCGAUUGGUGAGAGUCUCAAGUUGACGUCUGGGGCGAUCAAGGCCGGUGCGAAGGCUACGGUCAGGGAACUAUAA